AAACAGCUGAAAUGGCCUUAAAUGAUAAAGUUGCAGUAGUAACUGGAGCAGCUCAGGGCAUUGGAAGAGCAAUAACGGAGAUACUUUUGCAAAAUGGUGCCAAGGUAGCCCUCCUGGAUGUGAAGGAAACUGAGGCGAAAACGUUGAAGAAAGCUCUCGACAAACAGUACGGACAAGAGAAAAGUCUGUUCCUAAAGUGUAAUGUUGAAUCAGAGGAGCAGAUCAAAGCUGCCCUUCAGAGAACAGUAGAAACCUUCGGAGGGAUUGACAUCGUGUGCAACAACGCUGGCAUCUUGAAUGAGGGCGAGUGGGAGAAAACUGUCUCCAUAAACCUCGUGGGUCAUAUCAAGGUGGCGUUUUUGGCCCUGCAGCACAUGAACAAGUUGACUGGAGGUCGGGGCGGAGUCAUGGUCGGCACAGCAUCUAUGGCAGGUCUGGGCCCAUUUUUCACCUGUCCUGUGUAUUCGGCCACGAAGCAUGGCGUCGUGGGCUUCACUCGAUCCAUGGCGAUGGCCUCCACUGCCUCAGGCUACGGUAUUCGCUUCAACGCAGUCUGCCCAGGUUUUGUCCAAACUGACCUUCAAGCCAACAUUCCAGUCAACUUGGGACAAUUCUCCCAGCUGCGUGAUAUAGCCAAGCAAUUAGAGGAAAAAAUGGGGAUAAUAACUCCAUCUGUGGUCGCUGAGUGCGUCCUCGAGCUGGUGACAGAUGAGACGAAGAAUGGAGAGGCCAUCUUGGUCAAACAUAAUGAGAAGACAUACGUGCCUUUUCCCAACCCGAUCUAGAAGCUCCUGGAAAUGAGAAACUACAACACCAUCAUACAGAACCAUGAACCAAGUCCAAACCAAGUCCCCUGUAAGAACCAUGCAGUUAAGAUGCUUCUCUUUGUGGAUUUCAUGUUAAAUAAAUCAUCAAAUUUCGAACAGACUUCUGUUCAAUUCAGUCAUCUGUUUUCUGGUUUUAGAGCCAAUUACAUUUAAGAACCUUAAAAAAAACAAACAAAACAAAACGAUGUGACAUGAUAACAAAUGUUAGCAAAGAAAUCCCUUUUCAUUAACUGGCCGUGACACAAAAACUACCAAAAUACAAAGAACUUUGGGUAUAAAUGAUGCUGUUUGUGUAUCAGUUAUUUGCAGAUAAACAACACCUGACAGAGACAGGUAAUCAGUUACAGGAGUUACUGGAGUUUUAUUUGUUUACCUGCCAAAGUUCAUAGUUUUAUCCAGCCAGUUGUUUUAUUCCCUCCGCCAGCUUUGAUCAGAUCAUAAAGAGGCAGCACAGACAAAUUAAACAUUAUCCUGGAAGCACCUGGACUAUAAUAUUCUAAGAUAAUAAUACUCCAGCAGUUUUAUUAAUUUUGCUCCUGAUCUUCCAGCAGCUUUACAUCUAUUCUGACAAAGCUAAUAAUGUCCGUUUUUUUGAUGGCAUUGUUGGAAACGUGUUCACUCAGUUACAUGUUAUUAAGGUCACAGUUAAAGGCGCUGUUGCACUGGGUGACAUUAUGACAGUAAUUUUAUUGACAUUGCAUUUUAAAAACAAAGUACUUCGACUGAAAGAGCAAAAGCAGGACGUACAGAAGGCAAAAGGCAGGCACCAAGGCCAAACAAAGCAGGGCAAAAUAAAAGAGAAAUUACAAUAAAAAUUAAAACAAGAAGAUAAAAGAUGCAACAAUACAUCAUGUCAGUAAUAAUAAACAUAAAGUAAUAAAAA